CCAGUCAAGAAGUCUUUGUUUUCUUUUGGUAUUUAUGUGAGUUUUUGCCGUUUGCAACUUCUGUCAUCUUUAAUUUUCUUCUGGUUGUCAUUUGAUUCAAAUAAACUAUUUUAAAUAAGCUAUUUUAAAUCAACAAUCUUAAUUUCUAUUAUCUAUUUCUCGUGGUGAAAGUUUCAUGUUUUAAGAAUUUCCAGUAAUUUUUUUGCAACAUGGAUCAAUUGAUAAACCCAAUAGUUUUGAAAGAACUCGCCUGCAGUUGGAUUAAAGAAGACUGUCCAAAUUUUGACUUUCAUCCAAUCAUAAAUGGAACACGCACUGGUAUUUUCAAUAUUUUCUGUAAAGCUCAAGCUAUUCUAGCUGGCAAACCUUUUAUUCAAGCAAUCUGUGAUCAACUAAACCUGAAUAUUGAAUGGCUUGUCGAGGAAGGUGAUAUAGUCAAUGGAUUUCAAGACCAUGGAGUAAAAGUCGCCUCUUUAACGGGUCAAAUCAGUAAUCUACUGCUGGCUGAAAGAGUCAUCUUAAAUGUUCUGUCUCGAUGUUCAGGUGUCGCGACGCAAGCCAAUCGUAUCAAGGAAAUUAUUCAAUCAAUUGAUGAUAAAGUUGUUCUUGCUGGAACCCGCAAAACUACUCCUGGUUUUCGGCUGGUUGAAAAGUAUGGACUGUUAGUGUCUGGUGCUCUGACACAUCGAUAUGAUUUGAGUUCUAUGGUUAUGAUAAAAGAUAACCAUUUAGAUAUUGUUGGUGAAGCAUUGCCUGAUUAUAUUGAAUCAGUUCGGCGUUACUGUGGAUUUUCUAGCAAAAUAGAAGUUGAAUGUCGAAAUUUCGAAGAGGUUAAAAAAGUUGCACCCCUCGGAGUAGACAUAAUCAUGUUGGACAAUUUUGAGCCAGACGCAGUUAGACAAUCAGCUAACUGGAUCAAAAACAACUAUCCCGCCAUUUUGGUUGAAGUUUCUGGAGGUAUAGAUGAAGACAAUCUAGAGGAUUAUGUUUGUCCUACAAUAGACGUUAUCUCUAUGGGCACAUUAGUUCAAGGAUACUCAACUAUUGAUUUUUCAAUGAAAUUUGAAAAAUUCAAGAAUUCAUAGAAAGAAAAAUUUCCGCACAACGAAGAUGUGUGAUGCACAGACGAUGACUUAAACGCUGGAUUGAGCUAAAAACUAAACAUACAUUAUUCAAAAAAUUUAAUCCAGGUACUUCAAGAAUAACCUAAGCAUCGGCAACUAGAUAACAAUAUGAGAUUCUGGUUCUAAUCAAUAAAAUUUUAUGAAUUAUCGGAACAAGGUGUUAAAAGGUCACAUUAUUGUUAUCAAUCAAAAUUUGAAGACAUGAAGAAAUGAAAAAUUGACCAGAUCAAGAAGUAAUGGCGAAAGAAACAAGGCGAAGAAAUGAUCAAAGAAAUUCAAUCUUGAAACCAGAAGGGUUAUCAAUUUAUCUAUUAUAGCUACUGAUCAUAAUUAAUGUAAUUUUUGCUGUGGAAAUUCAAUCAAGAGUUAUCAAGGAGUACUCUACAUACAAUUAAAAUGCAGCUGAAUAAAUAUUUGCUGACUUAUUUAA